GUACGUGGGUAUCUGGCCAGAAGAGAGGAAAUGGAACAAACCUUCGAGUUAUAUCGUUCUGCUACCGUCUCUCGCGAUGCUGUGUUUCGUGUGUGGUCCGCAAACUAUUAAUCUGCCCUUCAUCGCACAUGACCUGAAUCUGGUCGUCGAAAAUCUAUCGAUGGCUAACAUGACUAUUACGAUUUCGCUCAUGAAGACUGUGGCUUUUUGGAUGAAUGGCAAAUCAUUGAAGUCUCUGCUGAUGUGCAUGGCCAAGGACUGGGCCGCGGUGGAGAUGAAAACCAAGAGGGAAACAAUGGUGAACAUUGCGAGGAUCACCAGAAAGACAACGAUUAGGUGCUCGAUGAUGUGCCAACUAGUAUUCGUCUGUUACGUGUCCCUUCGAUUACUAUCCAUGAAAUAUGACGACAACAAACUAUUCGUACGCGGCUAUUACCCUUACGACGUGACCAUCAGCCCGAAUUACGAGCUGACAAUGAUUGGCCAAGUCAUUGCUGGUAUAUACGGAGCUGUGACGUUUCCAGCUGUGGACACAUUUAUCGCCACGUUGGUUCUACAUGCCUGCGGGCAGCUUUCGAAUUUAAAGAACGAUUUGAGAAUGAUUCAUUCGUACGAUAAAAAGGAUGUACAAACGAAGCUGAAGAAAAUUGUCCAGGAGCACAAUUACAUUAAUAGGUUUGCCGAAACGAUAGAAAAUAGUUUCAACCUGCUGCUUUUGUUUCAAAUGCUCGGCUGCACCGUUCAACUAUGCUUCCAGUCAUUCCAAGCCAUCAUGUCAGUCGGAGAGAAGACUGAGCAAUACAUGAUUUUCCAAAUUACAUUUCUGUGUUACUACGUGGUCUGCGCGAUGGUGCAAUUGCUCCUCUACUGCUACGUGGGAGAGAGACUUGCGUUCGAGAGUACAGAUGUAGCUGAAACAGCAUAUCAUUGCGAAUGGUACAAUCUAUCCCCUGAGAUUGCAAGACUGCUUAUUAUUAUUAUGUGUCGAGCGAGAGCAUCACCGCUGAAGAUCACAGCAGGCAAAUUUUGUUGGUUCACUGUGUCAUUGUACUCCCAAGUUCUGAAAAGCUCAGCGUCGUACAUAUCCGUUCUAUACGCGACGAGAAGUUAACACAGAAACGCAAUUAUGAUUUUAUAACAUGCUUUACAUGUCUGUUACUUCGAUGCACAAAUACCGAUGGAAGAAACAUAUCUGCUAUCUACAUAUAUCUCUACUAUGCUUCGCCGAAAUAAAUAACGUGUUGAACAAUCGUGGAAAAUAAAUUCCUCGAGAG